AGUCGAGCAGCGUCCGCCUUCCACAUUACGCCUGGAAUAGCCUCGUCUUCGCCUAUUUCGGGAAUAGGCGAUGGCCCUAUCAACGCUAUCGCUUUCCGGCUCAUCCAGGGCGCAAGGGUCCAAAGCUAUAGAAUUGGUUCGCUAAGCAUCAUCAGUAGGAUAUAAAACUCGGAAUCUCCGGUCUUAGAGGGUGAGAAAGGUCAACUUCACCCCAACUACGAUUUGUGCUGUUUGCUAUCUUGCCAUGGCUGCCCUCUCCCGCCUCAGUGGACCGAUCUGCACCUUUCUCGCUGUUGGAUUUCUAGCCACGUGGGCCAUCACUGCAUUGAGCUUGACCGCUAUCAAUGUUCUCAAUACCGAAUCCACAUUCACCGCGCAGGCCGCCUCCAUCAGUUUGCUCACCUUCCUCGUCUGCCGAUUGCUGGUCCGCCUUCAGCCUGUCGCCCCCACCGAGGGGAGAACCAUCGCGCAUCUCCUGGCAACAGCAGACAACGGUUCUCGACGGGGCGCGCUCAUUUUCCUCUCUUUCUGCAGCACAUGGCUGUACGAGCUGCUGACCAAAGGCCUCCUUCUGCUUCUGUUGACCUUCUUUGGCGGCGUCAUGGCGACCGUGAUCUACAACGACCCCAACUUCUUGGAAAACUGGCAGACUGAGCCUCUAUCCGAUCAGCCCCAGACGACGACAGCCCUGGCUAAAAUUAAUGACUUCAAGGCAAAGGCUGGCUUUGAUCCGACACAACUAUUUCGUUGGAUCCCUCCUCGGGCAGUCAUCUACUUUAUCGCCCUAAUGUGGUUCAACUUCAUCAGUCUGGAACUGUACAUUCUCGGCCAUGGGCUGAAGGCGCUCUGCAGGGUCUUGGGAUUUCCUGUUACGCGCACCAGCAGAAAAGACGCCCACAGGGUGGAAGGGCGCUCCUGAGAAUACCUGGAUGGAAUGUCAGAUUCGGGGCGACUCCGUGCGGAACCUGAAGGGGCGUCGGUAGACUCGCCUCGAAACUUAGGGAAUGGUUUUCUCGACCACACUCUACUACUAGUAAUGCAACUCCGUUCUAAU